CUCCCGCCUGCAUCUGCUGGAUCAGCUCUGACUCCCUGCACACACACAUACACGCACGCACACUCACACACAUGCACACACACACACACACACUUCCACGCUCCCUCUCACACACUCUUACACAUACACUACCAGGGGGAUUCCUCCGCCACUGCAGCCUGUGCUUGCUCCACCUGGCUCCUGCCUUCCGCCGUUGGGGGGAAAGCACGAUCUAAAAUGACUUUUACUAAAUGGCCAGUGGUCGGAGCUUAGUGCUGAUCCAUCAAAGAGCACUAUGAGUAGAUGACAACAAGCAGCCUUUAAUCCAGAAAGGAUUCCUCUUCUCUGUGCUAAGAGUCUGCUAACCGUGUGUAAGGACCACUGGGAGUACAAGAAUCAAGUCAAGGACACGUUCACUCCCCCUCAGCCUGCAGGAAGAUGGGAGUGAGAAAAUAAAGCUCUGCAGAGUCAAGAGGAGCUUAAUGAGUUCCAAGGAAUCUUGAAACAAACGCUGUGCAUUUGUGUAUGUCUGUGUGAGAGGAUCAGGCAACCAUGUGGACAUUCGCUGCGACUGUCCACUGUCUUCUGGCUGCUGCGCUGCUAUUGGCUUGCUGCCUCCAAUCACUAGUGGCCACUGAGGAUGAUGUCACACCUCGCAUCAGUUUCCCUUACAACGCAAAGGAGAGGUCGGCCAAGAGAUUCUCUGCGGACGGUGUCUUCAAUUACACCUCCUUGCUGCUCAGUCAGGAAGAUGACAUGCUGUACGUCGGAGCCAGGGAGGCGUUGUUUGCCCUCAGCCUCUCGGACAUCAGCAAGACCAAGCUACAGAAGAACCUGACGUGGGGCACUCCUGCUGGAAAGAGAGAAGAAUGCAGCUUCAAAGGGAAGAACUUGGAGACUGAUUGCUUCAAUUACAUCAAAAUCCUCCUGCGGCUGAACAGCACUCAUCUCUAUGUGUGUGGCACCUAUGCCUUCAGUCCUAUUUGCGCCUACAUAAACACGUCAACAUUCACGCUGGAGAGAGAUGAAGUGGGCGAGGUCAUGAUGGAAGAUGGGCGCAGUCGCUGCCCCUUUAAUCCAGAGUACAAAUCCACUGCCAUCAUUGUUGAUGGUGAAUUGUACACUGGUACUGUCAGCAACUUCCAAGGGAACGAGCCUGUCAUUUACAAGAGUUUGGGUCAGGGAACUGCUCUGAAGACGGAAAACUCUUUAAAAUGGCUGCAAGAUCCAGUCUUUGUCGGGUCGGCUUACAUCGAGGAGAGUCAACCAAUAGGCAACCCCGUGGGAGACGACGACAAGAUUUACUUCUUCUUUAGCGAGGCGGGAAAAGAAUUCGACUUCUUUGACAACACCAUUGUGUCGAGGAUCGCUCGCGUGUGUAAGGGGGAUAAAGGUGGCGAGCGGGUGCUGCAGAAGAAAUGGACGACCUUCCUGAAGGCCCAGCUCCUGUGUUCCCUCCCCGAUGACGGUUUCCCCUUCAACAUCAUCCAGGACAUGUUCGUCCUGAAGCCUAUGGGAGACAGCUGGGAGAGCACCGUCUUCUACGGCGUCUUCACCUCCCAGUGGUAUAAAGGAGCAUCAGGCAGCUCAGCAGUGUGUGCAUUCACCAUGGCACAGGUGGAACGAGCCUUCAGCGGGCGCUACCGAGAGGUCAACAGGGAGACACAGCAGUGGUACACCUACAACCACCCAGUGCCAGAGCCACGGCCCGGGGCGUGUGUGACCAACCACGCCAGGCAAAUGGGUAUCCAGUCAUCUUUGCACAUGCCUGAUAAAGUGCUUAACUUUGUCAAGGACCAUUUCCUGAUGGACAGCGUGAUCCGCAGCGCUCCCCUGCUGCUGAAGCGCAGCGUGCGCUACACACAGAUCGCCGUGCACAAGAUCCAAGGCAUGGAGAGGGCUUAUGACGUGCUCUUCAUCGGAACAGAUGAUGGAAAGCUCCAUAAGGCCAUCAACGCCAACGACAAGAUGCACAUCAUAGAGGAGAUGAUUCUGUUUCCUGAGCCUCAGCCUGUGCAGCACAUCGAACUGGAUCCUCAGAGGGGUCUGUUGUUUGUGUCGUCCAACUCUGGGCUGGUGGAGGUUCCAGUGGCCAACUGCUCCAACUACCUGAGCUGUGGAGAGUGUGUGUUGUCCAGAGACCCAUACUGUGCUUGGACGGGACGGCUGUGUCGGGACGUGAGGAUGGCUCCACCUGACAGUCACUGGCAGCAGGAUGUGGAGGAGGCCGAUACAUCAGCGAUUUGUAACAGGACGUUUCUCAGCGGCAGAUCUGCCAGACCAGCAGCUUCUCGUGGCUCUCAGUGCCAGCUCAUCACAAUCCCAGCCAACACCUUUCGAGUCCUGCCCUGUAAACGGCGGUCCAACCUGGCACAGAGGAGGUGGCGUUACAGUGACAGCGCCAGCCAGUUCCUCUACGCUACACCAGAAGGAAACCUUGUGGUGGUGGCACAGGCUGACAGGAUGGAGACCUACGAGUGCUGGUCAGAAGAGGAGAAUUUCCGCCAGCUGUUGGCCAACUACUGCGUGAGGGCGGAGCCCCGUCAGGAAAGCACCACUCUGAUUGGUCAUUCACGCACGCCGCACAUUGAGCGAGAGGAGACCAUCAUCCUGCCCGGCGAGUCUCGUUCUGAGCAGGUCCACACAAAGACGUACUGGAACGAACUGAUUGUGGUGUGCGCCCUGCUGGCAUUCUCCCUGGUGGUGUUCUCCUUGUUCGUCAUCUACAGGAACCGGGACCACAUGAAGUCCAUGCUGAAGCAGGGCGAGUGCCCGAACAUGCAGCAGAAGAAGCCGAGGAUUGUGGGAAAGCCUGCUGAGAGCCUACCCCUAAAUGGUAACACCAUCCCUGUUUCUACUUCUGAUCAUAAGGGCUACCAGACGUUAAAUGACAACUACAUCUGCAGCACGCCCACCCACGAGUCCUCGCCAGACAACAGCAAGAGCUUCUCCGAGGCCUCCGACAGGCGGCCGCUUAACUUGAAGGAGAGCCACGUGGAAUACUCCCCGACCUGCCCCCGGCCCAGGGUGAGGCUAGGCUCGGAGAUCAAAGACUCUAUCGUAUGAGAGCACAGUAUUCGCUAAAAGAUACCACCCUGUAUCUCCGUGAAGGAUACAGGCCACCGAGCAGAGGAGAGGAGACCUUGACAUCCCUCUACAUCACAGCACAUCUUUUAUUUUAGUCAUCUUUUGUUCUGUGAUCAGUGCAGAGGGCAUUUCGUUUAACCAUUUCCACUCCGAAGCCACAGGUUGAUCUGGUGUGCUGCCUAGGGCAGGAAGAGGAGGCAGCAAAACACUGCAGUUUCAGCCAGAAUCAACAACCAUGGCAGCUGCUCAGAAUAGUUAUUACACAGUCUUUGUUUGAGUCAUUCUCAUGGCCGCUAAUGUGUGUGAGUGUAGGGCUGGGCAAUAUGAGAAAGAGAAAAAAAAAACAAAGGAUCUUCCUCUAAUAUCAGUAUGUAUCUCAGUAUCUCUUUAGGUAUGCAAGAUCCAACAUUAAAAUGUCUAGUUGAUAUUCAUCACAUGAUAUAAUAAAACAAAUAAAUAGUGAAUAUUAAUACAUUUCCCAGCCCUAUGUGAGUGUGUGUUACCUUCCACAUGCUCUGCAGAAGAUGGCCGCCAGAGGCCACACUGUUAUUAUGCACACUAGAACCAAGCUACAGCUACAUGGUGACCAAGAGUUCAGGUUUAGGAGAAUAUAAUACAUGUAUUUCAUAUUCAUUAUGAUCCACACAUUAUGGGAGCAAGUCAGAAGCACAUUUUGCUGAAUAAAUGAUUGUAUGAGGAUGAAGAUGGUGAAAGAUGAGGUAUACUUGGAGAAGACAAAACACGCUGUUGGAACAACAGUUAAAAGGACUGCAACCUUCUGAAAGAUGAUGAAAAAAUGUGAUCAUAAAUUAUGCUCCAGGGCCUAAAUACUGACAUUUACCUCCUGAAUGUAUGUUGUUGUUCAAAGGUUUCAUUCACACCUUACUGCACCAUGGACAAUCUAGGGAACCUGUUGCUCUACAUCUCUGCUCAUCUGAGACAGCCCUGUUCUUCAGUAUUGACCUGCAGGUAUCAUGAUGGGCUCAUAAAACCACAGGAGACAUGAUUACCCUGUUUUUGAGGCGAAUAUGGAAAAGAGUCCUGACAUUAUGUCAGUGGAGGCGGGAUAUUUUAAGCACAGAAAGCCACAAAAAAAAGGGGACGUCCACACCUUUCCCAUCUUCAGGGCAGCACUGAAAUCAUCAUGUGCACUGUGCCAAAAAAAAACAAAACUUGAUUGUCUUAUCUAAAUGCAAUAUUGCCAUCCAGUUAUGACCACUCCCAUGCUUUGUGUUAGCAUUGAUCAGUGUCGAAGAGCACAUGGUGACGGAACCAGAGGUGGGUUUCAGAAAGUGGCACUAAUAAUAAACAAAUGUGAAGUGCAAGGUUGGAAACUUCUCUAAGACUGUUAGCUCAAAACAAACUUUUCAGACUGUGUUGGGCAAAACAUUUGUGUAAAAUCUGAACUGGGGCCAAAGGAUAUGUCACAGAGAUUGCUUCAUGUGAAAGCUUGUCUUGUGUCAGGUGAGAAAAUAUUCCAGUUUUCCUUCAGGUACCCUUAAAGCUUCACUGGGUAACUUUUAUAAAAAUAACUUUAUGUCAUAUUUGCUGAAACUGUCGAAACUAUAUCCUGACAGUAGUACAUGAGACAUAUAAUCUGUGAUAAGUCAGAAUCCUCUGGUGCCUCCCAUAGCCUGAAAAAAUAAUGGAUGUAGCUAACAUGAUGUCACCCACUGGUUUGUUGACCCCCUGUUUUAUAGCCUUGCAUUCGGACUUCGUCAGUCGCCACCUUCGCUUUUUUGGAUCCAGAAGUGACCCUAUUUGGGUGAGAGGCUGGCACUGUGGACAGCCUGUAACACAAAGCAGCCUGUCUUUAAUAAUGCAUAACUUUAAGCCUUAAUAAAAUGUAGACCGGUGAGUGAGUUAUAUAAGAAUUCACCCCCCGUACAGUUGUCAUGAAUGUUGAAAUUAGCUACAGAGACCAAAACUGUCUUUGUACCAGGCUGUAAACAUGUUAAUUUCUGCUGAAAAGUUGGGCAUUUUAACAUUGAGGUCUAUGGAGACUGACUGGCUUUGGAGCCAGCCUCUAGUGGUCAUUCAAAGAACUGCAGUUUUUGGCACUUUCACGUUGGCUUCGGUUUUCAGCCCCAGAGGUUGCUGCUUGGCUCCUCCUAGUGCUGCUUAUGGCAUUUGCGAGAAUCCACCAGAACCAACCACCAAAACAAACAGUCAGAGCCAGGAGGAGUCUCUAAAGCAUUUGAAUCACUGCUUGUGCACAUGCUUAGCUGCUAACAAAAGCAUAUGGUAAAGACAUGUAAACAGAAAUAGACUGGCUUGCUCACCUCCAUAGAAGAAGACCAACAUUUACUCUGAUUGGUUAUACGAGUUCAGGUGUGGUGGACACAUGCAAAUGCCAUUAGGAGCAUUCGGAGGAGCCAUAGGAACAUGAUUAUUUCAUUGGUUAUUUGUCUCAUGUACUACUGUCAGGAUGUAGUGACAGUUUCAGCAAAUAUGACUAAGUUAUUUUUUAUAAACG